AUGGGAGCUUGUCAGAGCUUUAGGGAAAUGUGUGAUCGUGAAAAGAACACCAAUGUUCAUCUGAGUCUUCCAGCCGUUUGCAUUGUGUGGCAGACUGCCAUGAUCAUCUUGUUUGGGGUUUUUAUGCGUUAUGAUCACGAGUCAGAUGCGCACUGGGUAGAGCACAGAAAACAUUUAAAUUUAACAGACAUUGAGAAUGACUUCUACUUCAGAUAUCCAAGUUUCCAAGAUGUCCAUGUGAUGAUAUUUGUUGGAUUUGGUUUCCUCAUGACAUUUCUUAAGCGAUACAGCUUCGGAGGAGUAGGUUUCAACUUCCUCAUCGCUGCCUUUGGUCUUCAGUGGGCACUGCUGAUGCAGGGCUGGUUCCACUGGCUGGACGCUGAUGGGAAGAUCAGAAUUGGAAUUGAAAACCUGAUCAAUGCUGAUUUCUGCGUGGCUGGCUGCUUGAUUGCCUAUGGAGCAUUGCUGGGAAAAGUCAGUCCAGUCCAGCUAAUGGUUCUGACUUUGUUUGGGAUUACACUGUUUGCUGUCGAGGAAUUUAUCAUCCUAAGUGUUAUACAUGCCAGAGAUGCUGGAGGCUCCAUGGUGAUUCACACAUUUGGAGGCUAUUAUGGUCUUUCCGUGUCAUGGAUGCUCUAUCGUCCUAACUUGCACCAGAGCAGUCGUCUGCAGGGCUCUGUCUACCACUCAGAUGUCUUUGCAAUGAUUGGCACCCUGUUCCUGUGGAUGUUCUGGCCCAGCUUCAACUCAGCUAUCUGUGAUCACGGGGAUGGGCAGCACAGAGCCGCCAUCAACACUUACCUUUGUUUGGCCUCAACUGUUCUCACCACUGUGGCCAUCUCGAGCCUCUUCCAGAAGCAUGGGAAACUAGACAUGGUUCACAUCCAGAACUCCACACUUGCUGGAGGCGUUGCAGCUGGAACAGCAGCCGAGUUCAUGCUGAUGCCCUAUGGCUGUCUUAUUGUAGGUUUCUGCUGUGGCAUCAUUUCCACACUUGGAUAUAUCUUUCUCACGCCAUUCAUGGAGAAGCACCUGAAGAUCCAGGACACGUGUGGAAUCCACAACCUCCACGCUAUGCCAGGAGUUGUAGGUGGCAUUGUGGGAGCCAUUACAGCUGCAUCUGCAUCUGUUGAAGUUUAUGGCCAUGAAGGGCUGGCUAACACCUUUGACUUUGAGGGUAAAUUCAAAGACAUGGUACCCACAACGCAGGGCGGUCACCAGGCAGCGGGCCUCUGUGUGGCGUUGUGCUUCGGCAUAGGUGGAGGCAUCAUUGUUGGCGCUAUCUUAAGGCUACCUAUCUGGGGAGAUCCUGCAGAUGACAACUGCUUUGAUGAUGAGACCUACUGGGAGGUCCCAGAGGAGGAGGAGAGCAUCCCAACAAUCCUGCAGUACAACAACCACGUGCAAAACAAAGAUAUCGCCGAGUCAAAUUUCACCAUGGAGUCGGAGUCCAGGGCUCGAUCUUAAUGGACAUCUGCCUUGUUUCCUAUCAUUCUCCCACUGGACAAAAAUGUUCAUUUCGUGCAAUUAAUGACCACUUGUCAGCACCAGCUGUUUUUCAUACAGUGAUAUGUUUGUCAGUAUGUUAUGACUGAAUUGUAUUUCAAAAUCUCGUUUUUUGUUUGAGUUAAAAACUACUGGAGGAGUAAUGUAUCUUCUGCUAGCUGAACACAUUAUUCCAUUUAAAUCAGCUGACAGUAGGUCAAACAUUCAGUGGGGGGAAUUACCUUGAUUUGCCUCAUUUCAAAGUAAAGAGACCGGUAAAUUGACUUAUGUAAAUUCUCGUGUCGCUUGCAAUAAUACCUCUAAAGCUGACCUAAACUACUCAAGAGAAAAGUUUUGUCUUAUGCUUUGAACCACGUUGCGAUGCAUUUGUAGAAUCUCCUAUUCAACAUUUCUCCUGAUCCAAAUCUAAAUGAUUUUGGUCUGUGUGAUGUAAUGAACUGCAGGUAAAAUCUAAGAGUACACAACUUUUAGACAAACCUUUCUGUCAGCUUCCUUCAUUGUCUCAUUAGUUAAAUCUGAAAAUGAUAUUUCCAUUAGAUGCAUUUGAGUAGGUUUUUUUUUUUUGGUGUGUGUAUCUUGAUGGAGAAUUUUUACAAUGAGACGGGUAUUAAUCUUGAUACUGAUUGAUUUAGACCUAAGUUAUCCUGUGACAUUAAAGUAAAUAAAUGAAUACAUUUGGUAACGUGUUAUCACCACCCUCUUAUCAAGCAUUACAAAGAAUGAUGGAAAUGUAAAUAUGCAAUCACACAUGAGGAAUUUUAUAAAGUUAAUAUGCUGUUCUUUUUCCCUUCGUGCAGCGGCCUCUUCUUAUGAGUACGUUUAGAGUUAGCAACAAAGACAUUAGUCAACACCUUUUUGAUUGUUGGAUGAUUCCAGCUUGUCACAAUUUGCUAAUGGUAAAAUAGGCUAUAGAAGGAAUGUGUUACCAGAUAUGUUUAUUGAUAUUACUGAUCUGAAAAUUGGUUUUGUCAGAAGUUGAUAUUUGUAUUCUUAAACGUUCUACACUGAUUGUAUUGAUCGUAAUGUAAUUUUGGAAAUUAAAAGUUAUUAAGAAAGUG